UGUAAAAAUCGGAGGUAGAUACAUACAAUUUGUCCAGCAUAAUACAGUUUUAAGUUUCUUAAAAUCAUUCUAGCUAAGAGUUUUUUAACAUGGUUUUCGAUAUAAGUGAAAAAAUCGCUUUAAUCACCGGAGGAGCUUCAGGAAUUGGUCUUCACUAUGCAAAAGAAUUGUUACGAAACGGUUUACAGGGCGUCACUUUGGCUGAUGUAAAUCCAUCUGCUGGUGCAAGUGCUUUGGAGGAGCUUGAAAAGGAGUUUGGUCCCAAUAAGGCAAUAUUUGUACACACAGAUGUAAGGGAUAGGCAACAGUUUGAAAGUGCUUUUAAAAAGACUGUGGAAACCUUUAAAUAUGUCGAUAUUUUAUUUAACAAUGCUGGUAUUAUGAACGACACUAUAUGGAAUGAAGAAUUGGAUGUCAAUGUGAAAGGGACAAUUAUAGGAAUUCUCCUGGCUAUAGAAGAUUACUUUCCUAAAUACAAGCAAGGUCCCGAAGCGGUUAUCGUCAAUAUUGCUUCAACUGCAGCUUUCGACUUUUAUCCUCAUAUUCCAAUUUACUGUUCCACAAAAGCAGCUGUGUCAGCUCUAACUAAAUGUUGGGGAGUUCCACAUUUUUACGAUAAACUAAAAGUUAGAUUCACAGCGCUAUGUCCAGGACCGACAAUAACUCCGAUAUUAUCUAAUAUUAGUGGAAGACUUUUAGGACAAAUGUACGACGAUUAUGUGCAGCCAGGAUUGAAAGAUGGCACGUACUUAUUCCAAAAACCAGAACAUGUAGCUCAAGAAGCAAUUAAGAUACUAAAAUAUGCACCAAAUGGAACACUUUGGUUGAUUGAAGGUGGAGAACCAUGUUACGAGUUUAUUCCAGCAGACAGAUUCACGCAAAAGGGUAAUUUUUUGAAAACGGAACAAAUUUAGCAAUUUUUAUUUUUGUACUGUGUAUAAUUUUUUGGUCAAAUGGUCUAGGUCUAGAGGACAAGAAAUGAAAGUCGUUUACUUUGAAAAAGCAAUAGGUUUCUGUUAAAAUAAAAUUUGUUUAUUAUUGGUUGGACAUAUAAUAUUUUAUCAUACUUUACUAAAUUAUGAUCUUUGUGUUGUUCUGAAGCUAUUUUCUUGUGGCAUUUUUACAAUUUUAACUAUUUAGAAUGGGAAAUAAGCCACAAUAUUAUUAAAAAAUGAUUUUUAUUAACGUUUCGACGCCCAAAUCGGGUGCCGUUGUCAAAAUACAAAAUACUAUUAAUAUAAACAAAAAUGUUGUUGCUUAGUAAAAAAAUUCUUCUAAUAAUUUAUUUAAUUUGACUCAUUUAUAUCGGCAAUUCAGAUACAUAUGAUAUAUUUUAAAGUAGAAGACUUUAAAAUGAUAUUGCCAAUAUUUAUGAGUUGCGUUCCUGGGACGACUUUACUGAAAGAUAGUUCAUUCGAUUACAUGAAAUCAACCCCAACUCAAGAAUA